GGAGAAAGAGCUGAGGCUCGGCUAGCAGUGAUACAACUCGAGCUCUCCAUAAAUAAGCAGUUCGUUAGUUUAGUUUAAGAUAAACAUUUAAGUUACGCUUGCGAGGAGUAAUAAUUGUUAUAAUAUAUAAAAGGGUUUUGUGUGAGGUUUUUCAAGUGAGCGUUUGCUGGACAGAAAAUGAAACGUGCUAACAUUUCUUUGCGUCAGCUUUGCUAAUGCUAAUCUAAUGUUUGAUUAGUUUGCUAAUUUUGUUUUGCUAACUCGCUGGAGUUGCACUGAGCGCUUGCUCGCUGUGUUGUGAAUAUGAUCGUUAUGGAUCCGUGGAGUCCUCAUGGUUUGGCUUUAGGACUGGACUAUAGCCUUGUUAGUUAGUUAGUUAGUUAAUUAGGUAGCUAUGUGUUUGGUAAGCCUGGGUUAUUUAGUUUCUAGUUCUGUCCAUUAGAGCUCACUCUUAUUGUCUUAAUGGGUUUGAAAGGCAGGAUGCCUUUUACACAAAAGAUCUGCUUUCUUCUGCUGAUGUUCUCAAUAAUCAGCUUUAAAGUGACAGCUGAAGUGGAACCAGAAGCCGGUGAUGUCCAGGAGACCGGUUCCUCUCACUCUCAGUAUUCGCACGAUGAGACGAGUGACGAGGACGAGCUCGCUGUGACAGGACACUCGGUCUCUCCCGAGGAAGCAGCCGAGAUGCUGGAGGAGCUUCGGCAUGAGGACCGAAGAGAGGAGGGCGAACCUGAGGAGAUCCAGAAGGAGGACCUUCCAAGCCAACCUCCUCCGAUGGAUGCUAAGCCCAGAGAAGUUCCCGUGGUGAUCGGUGGUACAGCCUCCGGAGAGCCCUGCCUGUUUCCCUUCCUGUUCCUGGGGAAGGAAUACUUGGACUGUACCACCGAGGGCAGGGGGGAUGGCCGUCUGUGGUGCGCCACCACCUACGACUACGAGCGUGACAAGAAAUGGGGCUUCUGUGAAACGGAGGAGCAGGCGGAGCAGAGGAGGCAGGCGGAGGAGAUGGAGGAGCAGUAUCAGCACACAGUCCGAGUCCUGAACAACACCAGUAGAAAGAGUCAGAAGAGAGAGUUGUAUGAGAAGCUGGUGAAGUUGGCGGCGAUGGGUCACACCAAGGCCAUGGAGAAGGUGGGCUACGCCAUGCUGUUUGGAGACUUCCUGCCCCAGAACAUUCAGCAAGCCAGGGAGAUUUUUGAGAAGCUGGCACUCGAGGGCUCGCCCAAAUCACAGACGGCUCUGGGUUUCCUCUACGCAGCUGGAUUAGGAGUGAACUCCAGUCAAGCUAAAGCGUUGGUGUAUUACACGUUUGGAGCUCUGGGAGGAAACCUGGUGGCACACAUGGUCCUGGGUUACAGGUACUGGGGAGGUGUGGGCGUUCCUCAGAGCUGUGAGUCCGCUCUCACUCACUACAGACUGGUAGCCAAUCACGUGGCCAGUGACGUGUCCCUGACUGGGGGCAGCGCGGUGCAGAAGAUCAGGCUGCUGGAUGAGUUGGAGAACCCUGGUUCUCCCAGUGGUAUGCUGGAGGAGGAUCUGAUCCAGUACUACCAGUUUCUAGCUGAAAAGGGAGAUGUCCAGGCGCAGGUGGGUUUGGGUCAGUUACACUUACACGGAGGUCGAGGAGUGGAGCAGAAUCAUCAGAGAGCUUACGAGUACUUUAAUCAGGCUGCUAAUGCAGGAAACACACACGCUAUGGCUUUCCUUGGAAAGAUGUACUCGGAGGGCAGUGAGUUUUUACCCCAGAACAAUGAGACAGCGCUGCAUUACUUUAAGAAGGCCUCAGAGCAGGGGAACCCUGUGGGUCAGAGUGGACUCGGCAUGGCUUACCUGUACGGUAGAGGCGUUCCUGUGAAUUAUGAGCUGGCGCUGAAGUACUUCCAGAAAGCUGCAGAACAAGGCUGGGUGGAUGGACAGCUACAACUCGGAACCAUGUACUACAAUGGUAUCGGGGUGAAGCGUGACUAUAAACAGGCUCUGAAGUUCUUUAACCUGGCGUCUCAGGCGGGUCACAUCCUGGCCUUCUAUAACCUGGCUCAGAUGCACGCUACAGGAACCGGAGUGAUGCGCUCGUGUCACACGGCUGUGGAGCUGUUUAAGAACGUGUGUGAGCGCGGCCGGUGGUCCGAGAGGCUGAUGAACGCUUACGGCAGCUUUAAGGACGGAGACAUGGACUCUGCCCUGGUCCAGUAUCUGCUCCUGGCUGAACAGGGAUACGAGGUGGCGCAGAGUAACGCAGCCUUCAUCCUCGACCAGAAGCAGUCCCGGAUCUUCAGCGAUAAUGAAACCUACCCUCGAGCUCUCCUUCACUGGACCAGAGCAGCUGCCCAAGGUUACACUGUGGCGAGGAUUAAACUGGGCGAUUAUCAUUUCUACGGUUAUGGCACCGAUGUGGACUACGAGACGGCGGUAAUCCACUACAGACUGGCGUCCGAGCAGCAGCACAGUGCACAGGCCAUGUUCAACCUGGGGUACAUGCACGAGAAAGGCCUUGGCAUUAAACAGGACAUCCAUCUGGCAAAGCGUUUCUACGACAUGGCUGCUGAGGCGAGUCCUGACGCCCAGGUGCCCGUGUUCCUCGCUCUGUGCAAACUGGGACUCCUCUACACACUGCAGUACCUCCAGGAGCUGAACCUGAAGGAGCUUCUCUCUCAGGUGGAUCUGGACCAGUUGCUGGGUCCAGAGUGGGAUCUUUACCUCAUGACUGUGAUCGCUCUACUCCUCGGUACCGUCAUCGCAUACAGACAGAGACAACACCAACCUGUCCCGAGAGCUCCGCCUGCCCCACCGAGACCCGCCCCCCAGCCAGAACAGGGUGGCCCCGCCCCCGAACCCGACCGUGAUUAAAGUUCUGCAGUGAACAGACGCUCACAAGAGACCUGAGACUGGGAGGAAGGCGGAGCCUGAGCGGCUCUCUCCACCCACACCAGUAUUAGCUAAAGGGACAGACCACGCCCAUGAUGCUCUGCAGGCGUGUCACACGAACCAUGUGAUUAAAGAACACAGACUUGGCAGCUCAGGGUUCAGCAAACCGCAGAUUAGCGCGCACUCUUGAGGUGUCGAGUACGGUACUUUCAGACCCUGAGAACCUGCUGUGUUCCCCUGUUCAACAUGGUUCCAAUAAAAGUACCCUGUCCCACUUUUUGUUUUGCUCAAUAACGAUUGAAAAACACUGGAAGUCAGUCAUUAAACACGACAACAGCAGAAAAAAACGUGAGCAUGCUUUGCUGUUGUGUGUUCUAGCCACAGUGGAGUUAAUUUAUAAUGAUAAAUUAUUAUAAUUAAUAAUUUGAAGAGAUUUCUCCAGCACAAAAUAUUCAUCAAGUAGAAUAAUUCAAGUCCCCCUGAAGUCCACAGCGUCCUAUUUCAGCUCCUUACGGUUAGUUUUAGAGGUGUUUUUUAUUUAUUUUUAAAUUUUUUUUUAAAACUAACUUUGUGAUGUCACACUAUGGACCAAUCACAAUGGAUAUGCAAAUUAGUAGUGCUCAGUGUAUGUACAAAGUGGAACCUCUAGAUGUAGAGCGUGGAGGUUCAGGGGGAUGUGAUGAGUCGCCCCAGUCUGGGGACUGGUUUCUAAUUUUUAUUUUUAAUUAUUUUAAAUGUUACAUUAUUUUCUGUCCUUUGCAUCAUUUGAUUGUUAUAAAGGCAAAUUGUCUCUUACACUUCACAUUUAACACACACACACACACACACACACACACUGAGCAAGAGCUGCAAGAAAUUCAAUUUAGUCUGGGGUUCUAGUUCAGCAGAGAACCAGAGACGUGUAAGGACAGUGAAAUGGUGUGUGUAUCAGAGUGAGGACAAAUAUCAUGAUCUGUUUCACUAAAUAAACAAAGAAAUGAUGA